CUUGUUUCCUUUCCCAUCUGUACUCCAAUCAUUUCUACUACUGUACUUCUUGUCCCAUUUUUGCAAAUACUUUUACCACUGCUGUUGCCUAGCCAUCUUAAGAGCCCAAACAUGAAAAAAGUGUAUCUUGCAAACAAUUAUGUUGUGGAUGACCCAGUGCUGCAUGGUACCUAUAUAGAGCUCUCAAUAAAAACGGAGGAAGGUCAAGUCCUUGUGUGCGUUGUCGAGGGCCCAGAGUUGAUGUCCACGAUACACGAGUUGCGAGUAUCUCGCAUGUCUAAAUUAGACAUAAAAGGCACGCUCCUGCACGAUAUAAAGGGUCUCGACCGCCCUACACUCAUGGUCACUAAGCUCGAAAGAAGUCCAGUGUCGCCCUCUUUAGCUGCCAGCAGAUUGGAAAACUCUGACGAUACCUUUGUAAAUAAAUUAGACUAUGACAAUGAAAGUUACGUUGACAACAAUGACGGAGAGAACAGGAAACGCUCAUACAACAGACGCUCACUUUCACCACCACCCGGAGAGUCAGCGAAUUACCCUGAAAGAGCUGAUAUGGAAGACGACACGGAUGAAGAAGAAGAAGAAGAAGAAAGAAAAGAAAUGAAUGGAGAAGAGUACGAAAAGGAACGACAGUCUAAGCGUUUCAGAACGGAUGCCAUGGAGAUGACGGAAGAUGACGGCCUAGAGAUGGUUCCAUCCGCGAGGUCGAAUAAUUGUCCUGGUAACUUAUUUUAUAAUCUCUACGGUCGACUGCACGUGUUGAACAGCCAUGCUCCCGAUCACUUGCAGCCGCAGUUGGCGCUUCUUUACGAUCUGCUUACUUGCAUGGCGAACAUGGAGGAAGGAAUCUCAUCGCACACGCGGUUAUUUAUCGAAAAAAUGAGCGAGUUUCACUCUCGGUUGAAGGAUUGCUACCGGGAAUGCCCUGAUGCCCCUUACCCUUUGGAUACAAACGAAGUCGAGCUUCCGCAUUGGAUCUAUGAGUUUUUACCUAAAAAGAAACGGUUGCAGCAAAGGUAGCCUCCUUCCAAGCCGUCAUUUCCGUAAUAUACAACAAGUUUGAUGUCAAAAUACUUUUAUGACCCAAUUUGUCAUCUCUUUAAUGUGUAUCUGAAAAGCUGUUCUUAUACAUAUUUUUUAACACUCUCGCCUACAGCUACAUACAAUAGUCCAUAUUGCUCUGAUAUUUACGCAAUGUCACUUCAGCUCGACUAUGUAGUGACAGGCCGUUGUUCAUUAAUAAAUAUCCUUCUUCUUUAAUAAGAAGUUGGUAGUUAACUCAGUCCAACCGAAUUUGGGAAAUUGAGUAUCACACGCAAAAGAAAAAAGUUCAUGCAGAAACCAAAUUCGGCUGGUGGCUUGUGGAUAUACUUCUUUAUC